AUGAGUGGUGUUGAGAAGAGUGUGAGUGGUGUUGAGGCGAGUGUGAGUGGUGUUGAGAAGAGAGUGGGUGGUGUUGAGAAGAGUGUUGUGGGUGGUGUUGAGAAGAGUGUUGUGGGUGGUGUUGAGAAGAGUGUUGUGGGUGGUGUGGAGGCGAGUGUUGUGGGUGGUGUGGAGGCGAGUGUUGUGGGUGGUGUGGAGGCGAGUGUUGUGGGUGGUGUGGAGGCGAGUGUUGUGGGUGGUGUGGAGGCGAGUGUUGUGGGUGGUGUGGAGGCGAGUGUUGUGGGUGGUGUGGAGGCGAGUGUUGUGGGUGGUGUGGAGGCGAGUGUUGUGGGUGGUGUGGAGGCGAGUGUUGUGGGUGGUGUGGAGGCGAGUGUUGUGGGUGGUGUGGAGGCGAGUGUUGUGGGUGGUGUGGAGGCGAGUGUUGUGGGUGGUGUGGAGGCGAGUGUUGUGGGUGGUGUGGAGGCGAGUGUUGUGGGUGGUGUGGAGGCGAGUGUUGUGGGUGGUGUGGAGGCGAGUGUUGUGGGUGGUGUGGAGGCGAGUGUUGUGGGUGGUGUGGAGGCGAGUGUUGUGGGUGGUGUGGAGGCGAGUGUUGUGGGUGGUGUGGAGGCGAGUGUUGUGGGUGGUGUGGAGGCGAGUGUUGUGGGUGGUGUGGAGGCGAGUGUUGUGGGUGGUGUGGAGGCGAGUGUUGUGGGUGGUGUGGAGGCGAGUGUUGUGGGUGGUGUGGAGGCGAGUGUUGUGGGUGGUGUGGAGGCGAGUGUUGUGGGUGGUGUGGAGGCGAGUGUUGUGGGUGGUGUGGAGGCGAGUGUUGUGGGUGGUGUGGAGGCGAGUGUUGUGGGUGGUGUGGAGGCGAGUGUUGUGGGUGGUGUGGAGGCGAGUGUUGUGGGUGGUGUGGAGGCGAGUGUUGUGGGUGGUGUGGAGGCGAGUGUUGUGGGUGGUGUGGAGGCGAGCGUUGUGGGUGGUGCUGAGAUAACAGCCAUGGUAAGUGAACUCUGA